CUCUCGCUCUCUCUCUCUCUCUCUGUGUGUGUGUGUGUGUGUGAGAUUGGUUGUGUGUAUGUGUGUGUGAAUGGGAGGGGAGAUGCUGGAUUCGGGAGAAGGUCCGCCAUUAUUGGGAAGCUGAAAAAAAAAGAUAGCCUUAAACACACCGUCACACGUUUGGCCUGUAAGGAGCUUUAACGUUAUUCAGGAGAAUACAGCAGCUUCGGACGAGCUUGUUGUUGUUACAAUAAAGAACAGCGUCGCUUUGUUAAAUGAAGGCAGAGCUCGUGAUCGCGUUUCACACGGACUCUUUUUUUUUAUUUUUGACACAACAAAGGAAAUAAUAAUUGGUCAAAACAACGUGGUGGUUGAAUCAAGAAGGAAAAAACACAGAGAAGCGCUUUUUUUUUUUUUACAACGCCUUCCUCUUCUUCUUUUCUCUCCUGGUUUCCAGCCGUGUGCUGAGGAGAGACAGGAGUUUGAACUGCAUUUUUCUUUUUUCUUCUUUUUCCCUGACUAGUUGUGUGUUUUUUCUCCUCUUGUCUCCACAGACAGACAGGGAGAGAGAUAUAUGCAUCUGAAAACUUCACUGUGCGCCUAAUUGUUGGAAGCAAAUGGACAGAUAAUUAAAAAAAAGGGCGGAAAAUAAUCGAUGUGAGCGCUUUUUGGUAGGAAGUGUUUUUGUCUGUUUUUAUAAAGUCUUUCACCGGCUGUGAGUCGCAGAGAGGAGAAAGAAAGAAAGAAAGAAAGAAAGGAGUGGACGGGAGCUGGAGAGGAAUGCUAUAUGGGCCAGACCCCAGCCCAGUGAGUUCCUCUUGCAUGGAAACCCUCCUUCUCUGGCAGCCUUCUCCUCUCCCUAGAGCUACCGGCCAGCAUGGCAAGAUGAGCCUCUGCCAGCGAUGAUGAUGGCCAAAAAGCAAGAUGUCCGAUCACCCACCUACAACCUGGUCGUGGUCGGGCUGUCCGGCACGGAGAAGGAGAAAGGCCAAUGUGGCGUGGGCAAGUCUUGCCUGUGUAACCGUUUUGUCCGGCCAAGUGCAGACGACUUCCACCUGGACCACACCUCCGUUCUCAGCACCAGUGACUUUGGAGGCCGCGUGGUGAACAAUGACCACUUCCUCUUCUGGGGAGAGUCCGGGCGGACGUUGGAGGAGGGGCCCGAAUGCCGUAUGAAUGUGGUGGAGCAGACGGAGUUCAUCGAUGAUCAGACGUUUCAGCCACACCGAAGCACGGCGCUCCAGCCUUACAUCAAGAGGGCAGCUUCCACCAAGCUGGCUUCGGCCGAGAAGCUGAUGUACUUUUGCACUGAUCAGCUGGGCCUGGAGCAGGACUUUGAGCAGAAACAGAUGCCUGAAGGCAAGAUUAUGGUGGAUGGCUUCUUGCUCUGUGUUGAUGUUAGCAGAGGUAUGAACCGUAGCUUUGAGGACCAGAUGAAGUUUGUUACCAACCUGUACAACCAGCUUGCCAAAACGAAGAAACCUGUGGUACUGGUUCUCACCAAAUGUGAUGAAGGAGUUGAGCGCUAUAUUAAAGACUCGCACACCUUUGCCCUAGCCAAGAAGAACCUACAGGUGGUCGAAACAUCAGCACGCUCUAAUGUCAAUGUUGACCUAGCCUUUCUUACACUGAUUCAGCUAUUAGACAAGGGUAGAGGAAAGCCCAAAAUCAUCCCUUACUUUGAGGCACUGAAACAGCAGAGUCAACAGAUUGCCUCAGCCAAAGACCGCUAUGAAUGGCUGGUCAACCGAAUUGUGAAGAACCACAAUGAGACAUGGCCCGCUGUCAGCCGCCGCAUGCAGACUGCCCCUGAGUACAAGGACUAUGUUUUCCUUGAGGGGACAGCUAAAGCCAAGAAGCUCUUCCAGCAGCAUGUGCAUAGACUGAAACAAGAUCAUAUAGAGAAACGUAGGAAGGCCUAUCUAAGUACUCUACCACAGGCUCUGUCUGUACUCCUACCAGAGUUGGAUGAGAUAGACCACCUGAGCUGGUCUGGAGUUCAGAAAGUCCUGGAGACAAAAAGAGAUUUCUCCCAAUGGUUUGUAGUGCUAGAUGACACCCCUUGGGAGACCACACCACACAUUGAUAAGAUGGAGGAUGAUCGAAUCCCCCAGGACCUCCUGGAGACCCCCGCAGCUGAAGCUAUCUAUGAGACCCACCUGGAGCAGCUAAGAAAUGAGCGCAAACGGGCUGAGAUGAGAUGGGAGUUCAAGGAGAAGCUAAGCGUCUCUCCUUUCAUCACACCAGGGAAACCCUGGGAGGAGGCCCGAAGCUUCAUCAUGAACGAAGACUUCUACCAGUGGCUGGAUGAGGCUGAAUAUCUGGACAUCUACAACAAACACCAGAAGGAAAUCAUUGACCGAGCCAAAGAGGACUUUCAGGAGCUGCUCCUUGAAUACUCUGAGCUCUUUUAUGAGCUGGAAGUGGAUGCAAAGCCAAGUAAAGAGAAAAUGGGUGCCAUUCAGGAGGUGUUGGGUGAGGAGCAAAGGUUUAAAGCCCUGCAGAAGCUGCAGGCAGAAAGGGAUGCUCUGGUAUUGAAACAUAUCCACUUUGUCUACCACCCCACAAAGGACACCUGUCCAAACAGCCCCCACUGUGUGGACAGUAAGAUAGAGCAGAUACUGGCCUCCAGAUUCCCUACCCGCUACCCAUCAUCAGAUAGUUCAAGAUUGGAUUUGGGGAGGGCUGAACGGAUAAAUCUUGUCAUCUUAGGGAAAGAUGGGCUAGCCAGAGAGAUGGCAAAUGAGAUAAGGGCUAUGUGCACGAGUGACGACCGGUACGUGUUGGAUGGCAAGAUGUAUGAGUUAUCCCUUCGUCCCAUAGAGGGCAACGUACGUCUGCCAGUCAAUUCAUUCCACACGCCAACCUUUACACCCCAUGGUUGCCUGUGUUUGUACAACUCAAAGGAAUCCCUCUCUUAUGUUGUUGAGAGUUUAGAGAAGCUUAGGGAGUCAACUAUAAGCAGAAGGGAAAGGGAAAACAGCUUAGCUCAACUCCCGCUGUCCCUCCUUCUGGUCACCAAGCGGGGGGUGGGAUCCAUUGGGGACAUUGGGGGGGAGACAGCUCAGACUCUUAUCCAACAAGGGCAGCAGGUGGCUGGAAAGCUGCAGUGUGCCUACCUAGACCCUGCCUCUCCAGGCAUGGGCUACGGUCGCAAUGUCAAUGAGAGGCAGAUCAACCAGAUGCUGAAGGGCCUCUUAGAAUUACGGAGGGGCAUAGGGAGCAGCUCUCCUCCCUUACCCCCUCCAUCCUCUGCCUUCAGAGACUCGCAGUCCCAGCCAAUGCUAGAGGCAGACCUGAGGAUAGUCAUGUGCCUGAUGUGUGGAGACACGUAUGACAUAGACCAGCUCCUUGCUCCCUUCCUGUCGCCCCAGCAUUGCCGCCCUGCUGCCAGCCUCAGCAGUGGCACCUCCGUUCUGCUGGAGCUCACUAUAGGAGGUCAGAGGCUAAACAUUGAACUGUCACUGCUCUCCUUUCAUUCUUCAUUCUCACUCCGCAAGUCCAAGCUGGUCCACGGCUACAUUACAGUUUACUCUGCUCGCCGCAAGGCCUCUAUGGAGACAUUAUGUGCUUUCCUGUGUGAGGUCCAAGACAUCAUCCCGGUCCAGUUGCUAGCAAUUGGGGAGAGCCAGAUGGAGCUGUCAGACUCGGAGUCAGCUAAAGAGCAGGUCAGUCAGGGAGAGGAACUGGCCCAUGAAAUAGAGGCCAGGUUUAACACAGUAAUCUGUGGACAUGGUGGGGUAGUAGGGGGGCUUCAUAAGAUAGAUCUUUUCCAAUCCUUCCUCAAAGAGGCGAUAGAGAAGCGCACCAUUGUCGAGUGCACACACAUGUAUGAUAAUGUGGCUGAGGCAUGUACCAAUGAGAGCAUCAGCCCUCGCUGUGGAUCUCCUAGUCCAGUUAACAUUCUUAUGGACUCAGAGGACGAUAUCGAUCCAUCACCACCUUACCCUACCCUGAGGGAGGAUGGCAGUCUCAGUUCCCAUCUAGGAAGCUUCAAGCUGCCAGAUCUGGAUUCAAGUGAUACUUUCUCUGUCAUUUCUGAGCUCAGCACCUUUGAGAGUAAGCUGAACAACAAGGUUCCUCCGCAAGUGAAGCCCAAGCCUGUCCGUAAGGUCAACCUCGGCCCCUACAUGGACCAGCAGGGUGGCACCAACCGCCGCUCCUUGCCCCAAGCUGUCACCUGGGCUCCAGGUAGCGAGGGUGGCUACGACCCCUCAGACUACGCAGAGCCCAUGGAUGCUGUGAGCAAACCUCGACCCACAGAAGAGGAGAAUAUUUACUCUGUCCCUCAUGACAGCACACAGGGCAAGAUUAUCACCAUCCGCAAUGCCAACAAAGGUCACUCCAACGGGAGUGCAGGGGGGAACGGGUCAGACAGCGAGGCCGAUAGCAGCUCACUGGAGCGAAGGAGAAAGUUGUCCGCCAUUGGGGUAAAGCCUAAGCUUUACAGAGACAGAUCCAAACGGCUCGGCAAGUUCAGCAGUUUUAGGACGAGUUUCUCUAUAGGCAGCGACGACGAGAUGGGGGGUCCACCCAAGGCUAGCCAGGAUGAAGGAGGAGCCCAGAAGGACAACUCCAUUGAGGAGAGUGAGGACCCCAAAAGGAGAAAUAUUCUCAAGAGCCUGCGCAGAAAUGCAAAGAAACCGCGACCCAAACCCAGGCAUUCCAUCUCCAAACCCAUCGAGAGCAACUACUUCGGUCUGCAGCUGGCCACCGUGGUCACCCCUGAGAGGCCAAUCCCGGUGUUCAUCGAGAAGUGCAUCCGUUUCAUUGAGACAACAGGGUUGAGCACGGAGGGCAUCUACAGGGUCAGCGGGAACAAGGCGGAGAUGGAGAGCAUGCAGCGGCAAUUUGACCAAGACCACAACCUGGACCUGGUGGAGAAAGACUUCACCAUGAACACAGUAGCCGGAGCCAUGAAGGCCUUCUUCUCUGAGCUACCUGAGCCUCUGGUGCCCUACAGCAUGCAGGGAGAGCUGGUGGAGGCCUUCAAGAUCAACGAUAGGGAGCAGCGUUUCCAGACGAUGAAGGACAUUCUGCGCCGCUUCCCCAAGGAGAAUUACGAGGUCUUCAAAUAUGUCACCAGCCACUUGAGCAAGGUGAGCCAGAACAACAAGUUGAACCUAAUGACCAGUGAGAACCUGUCCAUCUGUUUCUGGCCCACACUGAUGAGACCAGACUUCACCACCAUGGACGCCCUGACCGCCACCCGCACCUACCAGACAAUCAUCGAGAGUUUCAUCCACCAGUGCGCGUACUUCUUCUACAAUCAGCCGCUGGCCGACGGCCUCCCCGGCUCCCCCACCUCUUCGCUCUCCUCCGGGGGAGGAACCUCGGCCUACUCCUGCAUGGCCGGAGGCUACUCGCCCUCGCCGACUCCGUCCCCGACUCCCUACGUCCUCCCCGCCACCCCUCCCGUCAUCCCACACUACGGCCCUCCUAUCCACCACCAUCACCACCACCACCAUCACCUCCAUCAACACCAGUCCCCACCCCACUCCCCACCCGCUACUCCCCAGUCCCCCAUCCCAGCCCUGCUGCCGCCCUCCCUGCACCCCCAUCACCCUCCUACGGAACAACACACGCUGUGAACCAGGGAUCAAGGGAAAGAGGUAGAAGAAAAAAAAAAAACGAAGAAGACGGAUAACGAGAUUCAGAGAGAUUUAAGGGUUUAGAAUAAGAGAUUUUGAAGUUUGGGAAGAAGAAAAAACGAGAACAGGAGGUAGGAAGAGAAGUUUGGAGAGAUUGAGUGAGAUGCAGUAUGUACAGGGAGAAACCUACAUGUUUGGGAGAAGAAGGGGGCGUUCGAGCCUCUUGUUGCUUUUAGAAAAAUGGGACACACAAGGCAGAAAAGGGGAACACUGAAGAGCCUCUGAACUGGCGGUAUGAUCUUCCUCCCUCCUCACCACUUUAUCCCUUUGUCUCACUUCAUCUAGGCCCGCCCUCCUUGCCUUAUAGAGAACCUACACACUAAUGAGUGAGAUGAUGCCAGUAACUGUUAAAGGGACUCAGGGAGGGACUCGGAAGUCAAGUGGAAACUCUGUUAUGUUGGGAUCGCUUCACCACACACACACACACACACACACACAAACACCCAGUGGCCAGCGUGCCUCCGACAACCAUUCUCCUCAAUCCCUUAGCCUCUAGCUGUGCUGGGAAUUUUGGCGGACGGCGCACGUUUUUUUUGCAAUCCGACCUAACCAACUGUACUGACCUGGGAGGCUGCGGCUGGUACAACGUGGAGCAGACAGCGAGUCCUGAACACAUUGUUUGUUUAUUUCCCCACUGUACAGAGGACAAGAAACACGUGUUACUACUCACCCGACAGGAUGUUCUGACAUUCCUAUCUAUCAACCCCUCUCACGGCUACACGCACGCAGACGAAAUCAGUAGAGGCAGUAUGCCAAGCACAGAAAACAAAAAAAAUCUAAACCAACCGGAUCUGUUAGGCAGUGAAUUGGAGCAAAGGAUUAUGGGAACUUUCACACCCUCUGCAUUGUGGGAAGGCUCCUCCCAGUUUUCUGUUUGCUCUCUCUCAGUUUGACCUUCAACCUCAUGCCCUGUCUUUGUAAACACAUGAAGAAAACAGCGUAUAUUAAUUAGUCUAAAUCGUGAUUCCAACGCGCUUUUUAUUCUGUCCUUCAUUUGACAAACGUAGAGAAACCCGGGGCCUAUCACUCAACGCGUGGCCUUGUGUGUAAGUGUCUGUGUGCGCCUGUAUCCAUGCCUUUUUGUUUUACCUGAAUUUCCCCGCAUUAGGCAGAUAGUGGGAAUAAUUCCAGUGUUGGACCUUCACCUGUCAUGUCGCUUCUGUUCACGCUGUGGCGCUUUUAAGAGCGAGUCGGUGCUGCAGUUUCCACAGUGAGGACCUUGUUCAAAAAGCACUUUUCUGAGCACUUUUGAAGGCACAUUUUAAAUUGGAGCUGCCAUGACAUGACAGCCACCGUUCACUUUAUUGUCAGUCCACCCUACUCUCUCUCUCUGGGAGCACACCACUGCCAUCUAGAGGAAGAAAUGGGUAUUGUAGCCAUAACCUCACUUCCACUACUGCAUGGGCGUAGCAGCAUUUUCCUCCUGUGGUUUGUGCAGCGUCAGAUCCUCUUAUAGGUGCAUUUAUUAUGAUUUUUCACCACUGUGUGUCAGGUCAAAUUAACUUUAGAGCUCAUGAAGUGUAAGAGUGUAAAUAAAAGAACAACAGCAGUUUUAAAUCUGGUGCAAAUCAAAUGAGAUUAAAUAGAUUCGGGCUCUGCUCUUGCAGUUGAUUAGACAUGCAGUGAACAAAAUUGCCUCUCUGUCUUUGUUGUUAGUUUCCACUUCACCAAAGCACUCAGCCCUUUUGUAAAAGAGUGCAUACCACUUCCCUGACGCCAGAUUUGAGUGGAAGGAAAUGAAGACUUGGGAGAUUGAGGCAAAAUGUAGCAUUACAGGCCAGAAAGUAAGAGCUGGAAGCGAGUCUCGAGUUUUGACAGGUGGGGGGGCUUUUUAUCGUUGGAAAUAAUUGGUAACCACUGCUCCAGUCAGCACGCUGUCCUCUUACGACGCAGUGUUAUGCCUCUGGAAAGAAGACUCAAACCUGCUCUCCGUGGACUCAAAAUAAUAAUUUGCAAGAGUGUAACCACUACACCAGAGUCCCCCCGCUGUCACUGUCAUGCCACCACAUCUCCUAGUAGUCGUUCCUAGUCCAAGAGGGUCUGGGAGAGACAGCAGACAGAACAGACAGUCCAUUCAUCCGUCUGCAUGACUGCAACGGAGCAUCACAGAAUUCCUCGGGCCCGGCCUGCUGUUACCGUAGAAACCAGCGAGAUGGGGCUCGAGGAAGAAUCGCUGAGCCCUGAUCGAAGCAGCUUUUGAAGUGUGUGUGCGUGCUUCUGUGAGCUGGAGAAAGUGUGUGCACAUGUGAACUUAUGCGUGUUAAUGUUAAGCAGAUGCUCACCAAGGUCACUUCUUCCGUUUGACACUGAAUCUCUGCAUGUCUCCCCCCAGACUGUCCUCUCUGCCCAAAAGGAAAACCUUUUAACCAAUCACUGAACUCUUAAAGGAGCUUUUAUAAGUCUACACUACCUAUUUACCUUGUGCGUGGGUGUACGUGUGUGUGUGAUUAGAGGAAUUAAGAGUGUGUGUUUGGGUGGGUGGGUUGGUUUGAGCUAACAUGCUAGCAAGCUGUGCUUGGCAGACAGCCAGACACCAGCGUGAUCCAAAUAAACGUGAAGGAGAGGAAUGCAGUUCUCCUCGCGGUCAUUACCCCGCUGUGUAACCCUGUUAGCUCGUCCAGAUUACACACACUGAUCCUCAGAGAAAGUGUGAGAGAGAUGGGGGGGAGAUUGGGAGGUAAGACGGACAGCGAACGGGUGAAUGGGAUCAUUAUUUGGGAGACGGAGGGAGGAAGGAGGGGCGACCACUGGUACUUGUGUGUGAACGCCGGCCAGUGGCGUUCCCCGUGUAUAUCAAUGUGUUAAUACUGAACUGACUGUGAGGCAGCCAAAGACUGUGGAAAAAAGGGUCGAGGGAGAGACGGGAAGCAAAGUGACAGUUUAGAAGAACAAUUGAAUUUAAAAAUGUGACUUUGGUUCAGCGAUAAUAUGUGGCUGCAUUGCUUUUCUUUUUCAUUUUUUGUUUAUUUUUUGUUUUUGCAACAAUGGUGACAGAUGUCUGUUAAGUUAAAAAUGAGAAACAAGCAAAACUAUAUUCAAAUGGUUGUUUAUUGGUAUGUUAGGGGGUCUAACACUUUGCCCUUUAGUCAGUGGUGAUAGAAAAAAAAAGUUUCUUUUUAUGUUUUAUUUUAAUAAUUAAAAAAAAUACAAAGCAUUUUUUUUUUUUUAACAAUUUCUUUGUGAACGAUUGAGAGAGCAGCCCAGUAUAGUGCAUGAUUUCUUCCCAACCGAGGAAGAGGGCUCCACCACUCUCACUAUUUAAGAGAUGAUAAAAAAAAAAUAUUAAGAAAUAAUGGGGAGGGGGAGAAAAUAAAAAUAAAAAAAUAAAUGAAGUACUGUAAAGUGAAAAGAUAACAUCAAACAAAAAAACUGUCAUUAUUUGCUGAGUAUGGUAAUUUGUCUCAAUGGGAAUGGUGUAUACAGCAAGGCCUUAUGUGAUCUGUAUCAUAGUUAAUAAAUCAAAUCUUGUAAAA